AUGCGACAAUUAAAUGGCGAGCGCAAGCGCAAGCGCCCAGCAGGAGGAGAACCACCGCAGUCGUUGCAACAGCACCCCCACCUCCCCCAACAUCAGAAAUGCAAGAGCGGGCUUAAAAUCAUCCUCGAUCCCGAAGACCCAGACUAUAUCACCAAGCACUGGAUUUUAAAGGGCAACACGCUACCCAAGAUGGCUCCGCUGGGUCCCAGAGAACAAGCCCUUGCCCCCUUCCUCGCCAGGCCACGCCUUGCGCGAUUGACUUCGGACUCGUCAGCGGCCGAGGCAAAAAGCGGCAGGAGCAGUGUAUACGGCCAGAAAAUCUGCGCGGAUCUCCUUGAAGCGCAGGGGUGUUAUAUGACUGGCUAUGACGAGCAUGGCAUUGCGGUGGAGAGCACGGAGCUGUGCCAGGAACUGCUUGCGAGAGACUUUGAGACGCCCAGCAGGUCAGUAUUCGAAGACCAGUCAAUCGAAGCUACUCUGGAGGACUUGGAGGCGAGGAAUGCGCCCGCUGUCAUCCGCAUCAUGGGGGAGCUGGUUGUCCCCUCGGCCGCAAGUGCACUACGCCUCGGUCAGAUCAGCAACAAGAACUUGUCGGUCUCAAUAGAUGAGCCAUGGGACCAUUCGAUCGCACUCGACCGGGGCCCUGGGGUGAAGCGUCCAAGAUAUCUGCCAUCUUCCCAAUCAUCCAAGAGCAAAAGGAUCCGGCUAUUCCAACUCCCCCGUGUCCAACCAGACUAUGCUGUUGGAUUCUCAAAGUCAGCAUUUACCCCCAAACAGCUUGACAGACUCGACCCUUUUCUUGGCUCCGCAGGUGAUGUAUCUUUUUUCAGGGGAACAAGCAGGAUGUACUUCCCAUUCAUGGUCUCUGAGGUCACAUCCGAGAGCGUCUCCCUCCUUAUUGCCGGCCGACCUGUCUUACAUGCCAUGGGCCUCUGUCUCCGUGGAAUAGUCAACCUUUUUAAAAUGGUGGGCCGCGAAAAGGAGAUUGAUAGACAAGCCCUUGGCUUCUCCAUUACGCACAAUGUGCGCACCGUGGUGAUAUGGGCCCAUUACCCGGUCGUUGGCAGCAAAACAACUACCUUUCACGUUCACAAGGUCAAGCGCAUCUUCCUCUCCGACUCCGUCGGCAAAGCCAAGUGGACGCCAUACAAGUUUGCCCUUGCCAUUUAUGAGCACUGGGCGCCUGUUCUUCUGAGCAAGCUAUGCUCCGCCAUCGACCAGAUCCCUACGGAUCUAAACUUUGACCCGUUGUUGAAAGAACGAUCAAGUGCAGACGAAGACCCAGAGGGGAAUAGGGAUGGGGAGGUGAAUGGGGAUCAGGGUCGGGGUGAAGAUGCGAAUGUCUCGAGUUCAAGUUCAAGUGCGGACCCGAAGCGUAAGCCUAGGCCUUCCAAACCCUCCAAGAAACCCAAGCCGCACGCCUCAAACCAGGGUAAAGGUUCAAACUCAGGCGCUGACAAGGGCUCCUCCGAUUUUGUGCCGGACGAUGGCGAUGCGGGCUCCGCUGAUGCUGGAAGCCAAGAAGGCUCCUCGUCUUCAUCUGUUCCGCCCCUUAGGAAGAGGAAGAAGAUGGCAAAGAAGGCGACUAAAAAGACUAUGAAGCAACGGUAG